AUGGGCUCUAUAUGUGCUACGCCUGAGCUAAGGAAACAGAAUCAAGUUAGUAAACAAAUAGAUAAAAAGAUUCGCAACGAUGAACAUGGUUCGAUCGGAGAUCAAAAGUUGUUACUCUUAGGGACAGGUGAAUGCGGAAAGAGUACAAUUAUCAAGCAAAUGCAAAUAUUACAUCGUGAAGGCUUUUCACAAGCAGAACGGACUAACAUGAAGCCUAUUAUCAAUAGUACUAUUAUCGUUGGCAUUCGUACAAUAAUCGAGGCUAUGACCAAAUUUGGAUAUUUCUUUAGUCAAGAACAAUUAGAAGUAGAUGCAAAAUUUAUUGAAAAUUUAAUAAAAACAGAGAAAGAUGCUCUGCCAUUCACAGAAGAAACAGUUAAGAUUUUGAAAAGGCUAUGGACGGAUAAGAAUGUGGAGAUGACGUUUGCACGCAAAUCAGAUUAUCAGCUAAAUGAUAAUAUAUCAUAUUUCAUGGAAGCCAUUGAUAGAGUAGCUGCUAAAGAUUAUAUGCCAACGAACAGUGAUCUAUUGAAUAUACGUGUUCCGACCUCAGGAGUAGUACAAAUCAACUUUCCAGUCAAAGGUGUCAUGUUCAGGGUGGUAGAUGUCGGAGGCCAACGAUCUGAACGACGAAAAUGGAUUCAUUUAUUUGAGAAUGUCGAUGCUGUUAUUUAUAUAGUAGCAAUUAAUGAAUUCGACCAAACGUUACUAGAAGACGGACAGACUAAUCGUCUAUCUGAAUCAAUUGAAUUGUUUAAACAUAUAAUAGCAACACGAUGGUUUAUCAAAUCAGCUAUCAUACUCUUUUUGAACAAGCGCGAUUUAUUCGAGCAAAAAAUACGGCAUGCAUCUAUAAAGCUAUACUUCAAAGAUUAUAAAGGAUCUAACUCAUAUGAAGAGUGUAUGGCAUAUAUAAAAGAAUAUUUUGAUUCACUUCGUGUGAGAGGCGAAAGCAAAAGCAUUUAUCUGCAUGAGACAUGUGCUACUGAUACGAAACAGAUAGAACAGAUUAUUGAUUCAGUUAUGUUUACAGUUCUUGAAAAAAACUUUAAGAAAACUGCAAUUGUAUAG